AUGACUUUAAAAAUAAAAAUUGAACGAAGAGGACAAGGACUAAAAACAUACUGGGAAAAAUUAAUUAGGGAAUAUUCUUCGGUAACUGAAAAUCAACAAAAAAACGCGCAAUGGAUAACGAUUUUACAUCACCUUCACACCAAGAAGGAAUUUGUACAAAAUGAGGACGACGAAGCUGUAGCAAGACUCGAGAAUGAAAACAUUUCAUUAAAUAACCGAAUACCUACUCUUGAGAGAAUAAUACUAGGUAGAAGAGAUGAAUUUUCAAUGAAUAAUAAAGUUGAGAAGACAAUUCUAGGUAAAAGUGAUGAGUUUUCAAUGAAUAAUAAAGGUGUCAGCCAUAAUUGGUAUGGAAAAGACAUCGGAAUUCGACCAUGUCCGAAUGAACUUUUAAAACUAUAUAAUGUAUAAUUAUAAUAUAAUAAUGUAUAAACUAUAAUGUGCUUUGAUUAUUUAUAAAUAAUACAUAGUAAAUACAGUAUACAUACUAGUUUUUUCAUGAUCUGUUAACAUAAACAAAUUGCAAUGUU